AGCGUUUCAAAUGACACUAAGGCACGUUGCGAGUGGUAAACGAACGGCUCCUGCCACUGCGAGCAUAGUUCAAUACAGGAAGGACCAGUAGGUACUUUCGGAAACAACACAGUAGGGCGAGCCUCCCGAGUAGAAGAAUGAAAUAUGAAAACUUUUGCGUUUGGCUGACGUGCUUUUUCGCCCUUUUAUGCCUUGGAGAACAGCUAUAUGGUUUUGAUCUUACAUUUUUUCGAAAACCCUCUAGGAAGGCGGUGAGAAGGUUGCUUCAGGACAGGGACGUGCUCCUUAUCAGCCGUGCCAUAUAUGGACGACCGGAUUAUCCUAUGUGUGUGCAAUCACGCUCACACGGAUUGUAUGCUGAAAAAAUCCGUGCCAAUUUCAGCUAUUAUGAAAAAGAUUUGAAGGAAAUGAAGACAAACGGUCAAAGGAUCUACCGAGAUACAUAUAUUGAUCUGUUCAAGAUAAAAAGGAAGAAAAUAAUGAACGUCUCUGCAUACAUAGUGAAUCAACAGUUAGACAAUAAGCUCUCUGGACAAUUCGUGAUCCUUUUUUCGAGCAAAACAUGUUUCAUUGCGGGCACAGAAAAAAACGCUAAACCUUCAAAUGGCGAAAAAGUGGUGGCCGGAACUUCUGCAGAAAAUUCAGCGUGCGUGCUGUGGCGAAAGGCACAUGGUACCGAAAAAGAGCGGGCUCAGUGCAGGAAGGCUUUCAAGCGGAAGUGCGGGCAAUACAGAGGACAUCGUCAUGUGUACAGCAGAGAAGAAUGUCUUGCUCAGAGAAAAGCAGAGUAAUGUUGAAAGCAGACACAUACUAUCGCUGUUCCGAAUUGCCGCUUCCUGCAACGACUUUCUUGAAACCACGACGCUCGUAUGCAUGAUUUAUUUCUUGGGAAAAAUUUGUGAGAAAACCUUGUAAAGGCCACGCACUUCACGUUCUGUAGUGCGAAAAUAAAAAAAAAAUAUAC